AUGUGCAGUGCGUCUAUCCGGACCCCUUAUCGUCGGCGAGACAAGUUUCGAGCGAAGGCCAUCAGCAAGCGUUCGCAACCACCACCACCAGCACCACGAAAGCCCCCAUGUCAGCCGUGCAUCAAGCGCCGGAUAUCAGGGCAGCUUGCAGUGGCAGCCGCACCGAUGAAUUCUUGAUGCCCGAUGCGACAGGGGGCACUAUCGAGCACAUGGAUCUGUCCAACAUCUUUUCGCAGCGGGCAAUGGAUGCCUUGGAAGCCAGCCUCGCCCCCGCCCCCGAGCUUCUCCCGCCACCAUAUAACCAAUAUUUUGGGCCGUCGUCGCCUGACCAACAGCAGCAAGAGCAGCAGCCAAAGUACAGCGCGAAGCGUCCAAAGGCUUCUGUGGCAGCACUUCCAACCCCGUUUGACACCCCCUCCUACGGCAGCUUCAGCCACUCCAGCAGCGAAGGCAGCCGGCUUUCGGACCUUGAAGUCGGCGGCAGGCAAGCCGAUGCGGGGUCGUCCGACAACGACAGUGAAACUGACUGCACCUCGUGCGUCGAAAAGAUGCUCGAGGCCUUUGAGCGCGUGCACCUGGAGACGGCGCAGCGCAAGGUGCUGUGGCGCAGCAGCACGCCUCAAGACGGCGGGCAGCGCGACAGCCUGGCCAUGGACUCCCGCCUGUUGUACUACCAAAAAGUCCUCAUGUCCACGGGCGAGACCAUGCUCGGCUGCAGCCACUGCAUGAGCCGGUCGGUGGCCCUGAUAUUGAUCGCGUCGCUGGGCGACGCAGUCCUGGACACCAUAGAUCUGAUGCUGGGCAUGACGGAAGGAAAAGAGGGGGAUGAGGAGCGGGCGAGGCGGGACUGUCACCAGGGCCGUGACCAACAGAGGCUGCGGGAUACGAUCGCGCUGAUGGGCGACCGUGGCGGAGGCUACGACGGGCUGAGAGAGGACCGCAGCGACAGUGGCGCCGAAGGGACCGGGGGCAGUGGGCUGGACUGCUUUCUCGACCAGAAGGAUCGACAAGUAGUCAUAAAAGCGCUUCUAGGCUGCCGCCUGGUGCAGCUCCACACCUUGCUUGGUCAAAUCGAUAGGAUGAUCCACAACCAGGCUCGAACCGCGCAGAAAGCGAUCCUGCGAAACACCCUCGCCCGGCUACAGACUUAUUCAUCCAUGUACUCAGUCGGCUGA